AUGGAGAAGCCAGAUGUCUGCUGGAAAGAUGUGGCUGGGCUGCAAGAAGCAAAGGAAGCUUUGAAAAAGGCUGUCAUUUUACCCAUGAAUUCCUUAGUUUUCUUUCCAGGAAAGUGUACUCCCUGGAAUAGUAUCUUGUUAUUUGGACCUCCGGGAAUAGGAAAGACCUACUUGGUUAAAGCUAUGGCCACUGAAACCAGUAACUCUGCCUUCUUCUCUGUGUCUUCUUCUGACCUAAUGUCUAAGUGGCUGGGAGAGAAUGAUAAGCUGCUGAAGAAUCUGUUUGAAUUAGCACGACAACAUAAACCAGCCAUCAUUUUCAUUGAUGAGGUCGACAUGCUGUGUGACUUUGAGAAUGGAGCUGGUGGUGAUGCUGUUUGCAGAAUCAAGACUGAACUCCUGCUGCAGAUGCAGGAAUCUGACAAUAACAACAAUGGUAUUCUGCUCCUGGGAGCUACAAGUAGACCAUGGAUACUAGACUCUGCUAUCUGCAGAAGGUUCCAGAAGCAGAUUUACAUUCCACUGCCAAAUGAGACUGCCCGAGCUCAGAUGCUCAGCCUGCACUUAUGUAACACCUCACACAGUCUAAAUGAUGACAACAUCCGUGAGUUGGCCAACAAGACACAGGGAUACUCAUGUGCAGAUAUCAUAAUCAUUGUGCGCCAGGCACAGAUGCAGACUGUGCUUAAAGUACAAUCAGCCACACAUUUUAAAAAGGUGCGAGGCCCUUCUCGUACUAACCCUGGUGUCAUGAUGGAUGACCUCCUAACACCGUGUUCCCCAAUAGACUCUGGAGCCACUGAGAUGACCUGGAUGGAGGUGCCUGAUGAUAAACUACAGGAGCCUGUUGUCUGCAUGUCUGAUAUGCUACAAUCUCUGGCUAUGGUUCGCCCCACAGUGAAUGCUGAGUACCUGCUAAAAGUCAAGAAAUUCACAGAAGACCUUGGGCAGAAGGGAUGA